AUGUUAUCGCUCGGCAUAAAGCACUGGACGCUGUAUAUCUUCGAGCAAAACUUGCUCCUCAUACUGCAUAAAUGCGGCUAUGGUAACACGCGAAGAACUUUCGGCUCAUUUGGAGAUAACGAAGGAACACCUGACGUCUCGGCGCGCAAAUGGCUCUGGGGCUGCAAGCGAACAAAGCUCUGCAAUGAGUGCAAAAGAGCGGAUAGCAGGCCGGACAAAUUUGCUGUCAAUGCCGCUUGCACUUGGCCAACCGGCGGGUUUUUUACCAUAUCGCCAAGUAGCAGUACGACGUAUCGUAUUGCUAACUUAGCUGGUGUGAUCCCGCGAGACUUGUUGGAUUUGAUGGAGACGGAAGUUGCGGAGCAUUUAGAAUAUACCCGUGCUAAGCUUGGAAUGGUUGCUACGGCAAACCCCGUUUCGUAUUUUGAUCAUGUGAUGAAUGUUGUGAUCAGUGUACUGUUGAACUGGGAUCGUGACACCAACGCACCAAAGCCUGGAUGUGGCAUUUUUGGAGAAGUAACUGCUUUUUAUGGCUCCACCGAAUCGCAGUCAUCAACAGGCGAUUUACACUGUCACAUGAUGGUGUGGGUCGCUGGGUUCCCUAAGACAGUGACUGAGUAUAUUAACAUGUGCAAGUCAGCCGCAUUCAAGCAAAAGCUGAUUGACUAUGUGAACUCCGUUGUGACGACCGAUGUACCGGUUCAAUACGAUGAAACGUGUCCGGAAUGUGGUUGCAAUGGACUGGAAGCUGUUGAAUUUGAUCAACGAGCGUAUCAAGAACAAUUCGGUGGAAAUGAAGUUAUCACUGACUGUGUAGAGCGCGAGAUCAGCAGACUUGACUUUCCGGCUGGUGCGGUGUCCGAAGGCGCUGCGUUUACUCGCACAGCGAGCUCAAAACCUUUUGUACUUUCUGGGGAGCGGUCGAACAGUGAUGAUAUUCUCCAUACACGCUCGCUGCUUUCAUUUCAAAGUCACCAUUGGUAUCAUUCCGGUGGGUGCUUUAAACAUACCAAGCGAACUCCCACCGCCAAAGUAUGCCGGAUGUAUUUCCCCAAGGUGAUUUGUGAUGAGAUAAAGUGGACACCCUCGGAUUGCGUCGAGCUAGCAAGAAAGUUGUGGAACGAAUACAUCAAUGCGCACGUGCCAGUGAUCAGUAAGACUCUGAAAUGCAAUCAUGAUGUGAAACUAUUGGCGGCAGGAGAAGGCCUGCAUAAAAGUUUCUACAUGAUGAAGUGCUGUGCUAAACCCCAAAGAGAUAUAGAGAACCCAGCCGCUCUUCGGUUACAUGCGUAUGACAAGGCUGAAAUGAACGCUUAG